AUGCCUUAUGAUCUUAAACGCCUAUUCAUCGAAAAUGAUGAGGAAAGCGCUCAUUUUAGAAAUAAUGUUAGGACCUAUAAUAACAACUUGGGCUUCACAUCCUUCGCUGCAAGAUAUGAUCCAGAGCUGACCAAGAACACAAAAGGUGUUUACACUUUCCGGGUUCAAGGUCAGGUCUACCAUUUUCUUAAUAGUUUACUACAGUCAAGUGAAAAACCUUCUGGAAUUCAGUUUUACUUUUUUGAUUCUGAUGAAGAAUUAGCAAAAAGGGUUGGAAGUUCUGAUAAGUUGCGUGGAAGCAUUUUAAAAUUACUUAUGCGUAUCCUGUCGAACAAUCCUUAUGCCAAAUUCUUUAAGAAUCUCAGAAAUGUCCCAAACAUUGACAACUAUAGGAUUGUUUUGAACUGCUAUCCUGGUUUGGACCAGCGCGUCUAUAACCUACCUACAGCCUCUCAAGUUGCUGCCAUCUGGACUGAGGAUGAUGAUGAAUCAGUGGAUAGGAAUGUCCAUAUUCAAGUUUAUACUCACUCUAAUACCAGCCAUAGAAUUAAGCAUUACUAUGGCUGUUAUGAUCCUUUACAAUACCCUAUUCUCUUCCCUCAAGGUGAAUGUGGAUGGCACCAUGGUGUUAAGAAACUUCACAAGAGGAAGAGAAAUGCAGAUUCUUGUGAGGCUGAUUUCAGCAUUGAUCCUUCCACUGUUGAUGAUCCUUCACUUUUACUAGAUUUGGAAUGUAGAGCUGUUGACCAUGGAAAGAGUGAAGAGGACACUGUAUCGAUCGGAAAUUCUUCAAGGGUAUUGGACAGUGUCUCUCUAGGCCAGGCUGAAGGUUCUAAAGUUGGACGUAGGAUAGUGCUACCUGCUUCUUUUAUUGGUGGUCCUAGGGACAUGAGGCGCCGCUAUCUUGAUGCAAUGGCACUCGUACAAAAGUACGGAAAACCAGACAUUUUCCUUACCAUGACCUGCAAUCCGGCAUGGAAAGAAAUUCAGUGCAACCUGAAGUAUCAUGAAAAGCCUCAGGAUAGGCCUGAUCUUUUAGCUAGAGUUUUUAGAGCUAAAUUCGAAAUGCUUAAGCAUGAACUCUUGAAUAGACAGAUUUUUGGUGAAAUAGCAGCCUGCGUGUAUGUCAUUGAAUUUCAAAAGCGGGGAUUUUCACAUGCUCAUUUGUUACUCAUUUUAAAGCCUCAAUUUAAGUUGCUCAAUCCGGAAUCUUAUGACAAGGUAGUCUGCGCUGAAUUACCUGAUCAGCUUCAAUAUCCUCACCUCUAUUCUCUUGUUGUAAAACAUAUGCUCCACGGUCCCUGUGGCAAUAUGGAUAAAAGUUGCCCUUGUAUGAAAGAUGGUUCUUGCAAGAGUCACUAUCCAAAAAUUUCUGCCCCAUACAACCAUGGUGAAGAUAGCUAUCCAUAUUAUAGAAGAAUGGGUGAUGGCAAGAAAGUGAAAGUUCGCAGAUUCACUCUUGAUAACAGGUGGGUUGUGCCUUACAAUCCCUAUCUCCUUGCUUUGUUCGAUUGUCACAUGAACGUGGAGAUUUGUUCUACCAUUAAAUUGGUCAAGUACUUGUAUAAAUAUGUGUUCAAGGGGCAUGAUCUGGUUCAUCUUCCAAAUCAGCAGCUUGUUUCUUUCUCGAAGAACUCGGACUUGCUGCAAUUGUUAGCUAAAGUAGAUUUUUCUAAAACCAUGCUGACUGAGUUCUUCAAAAUGAAUGCGACCAACGCAGCUGCUGAGAGUCUCAAAUGCUUUUAUAAAGAUUUUCCUCAGCAUUUCGUUUGGUCUUCUAAGUAUAGACACUGGACAGAAAGAAAGCGUCGAAAGGUGAUAGCACCGAUAUCAUUCGAUGAUCUCUUGACUGUUAAUGCUAAAAAAAUGAACUCGUUUAGAGAGGCUGCUUUGGCACUUGGGUUGCUGCAAUCUGAUACGUACAUAGAAGAAACGCUUGAGGAAGCUGCUGCAUUUCAAAUGCCAUCUUCACUCAGAUUAUUAUUUGCAACUCUUCUUGUCUAUUGUUCUCCAACUGAUCCAACGAUGUUAUGGAGAAAAUUUGAAUUGGACUUUACUAGAGAUUAUGAACGGCAUAAACAAUAUCAUGCCUACUCUCCGCUCAAAUUAGGGGAUUGGUUCUAG